UCUUCCAUCUGGAAGCAGUUACCUUCAAAAAAGGUGGCUCCCUCUGUGCCCACUAACCUCCCAUCUCACUUGGGUCUCAGACUCCUCAAGGCAGCACUGAAUGUGGGUGAUUUAAGGCGUGCCCAACAACUGUUUGAUAAUAUUCCUCAACCAGACCCCACCACUUGUUCCACAUUAAUUUCAGCUUUCACCACUCAUGGACUUCCAAAUGAGGCCAUAAGGCUCUAUGCUUCGCUGCGGGCACGCGGGAUCAAGCCCCACAGCUCGGUGUUUCUGGCUGUUGCCAAGGCCUGUGGUGCUUCUGGUGAUGCCUUGAGAGUCAAGGAGGUUCAUGAUGACGCCAUUCGAUGCAGGAUGAUGUAUGAUGUUUUCUUGGGCAAUGCAUUGAUUCAUGCCUAUGGGAAGUGUAAAUGCAUUGAAGGUGCAAGGCGGGUCUUUGAUGAUUUGGUUGUGAAAGAUGUGGUUUCUUGGACAUCGAUGUCAGCAUGCUAUGUUAGUUGUGGAUUUCCUAGGCAAGGGCUGGCUGUUUUUCGCGAAAUGGGAUGGAAUGGGGUGAAGCCAAAUUCUGUGACUGUGUCUAGCAUUUUGCCUGCGUGUUCGGAAUUGAAAGAUUUGAAGUCUGGAAGAGCUAUUCACGGAUUUGCAGUGAGACAUGGGAUGAUAGAAAAUGUGUAUGUUUGCAGCGCACUUGUGAGCAUGUAUGCAAGAUGUUUAAGUGUGAAACAAGCUAGACUAGUAUUUGAUUUGAUGCCUCACCGGGAUGUUGUCUCUUGGAAUGGAGUUUUAACAGCAUACUUCACAAACAAAGAAUAUGAGAUGGGUCUUGCCUUGUUUUCCCAGAUGAGUAGUGAAAGAGUCAAAGCAGAUGAAGCUACAUGGAAUGCUGUUAUUGGGGGCUGCAUGGAAAAUGGGCAAACAGAGGAGGCACUGGAGAUGCUUAGGAAGAUGCAAAAUAUGGGAUAUAAACCUAAUCAGAUAACAAUUAGUAGUUUCUUGCCAGCUUGCUCUAUUUUAGAAAGCUUGAGAAUGGGCAAGGAGGUACACUGCUAUGUCUUUAGGCAUUGGAUAAUUGGGGACUUAACAACCAUGACAGCGCUGGUAUAUAUGUAUGCUAAAUGUGGUGACUUGAAUCUUUCAAGGAAUGUUUUUGAUAUGAUGCUCAGAAAAGAUGUUGUUGCUUGGAAUACAAUGAUCAUUGCAAACGCAAUGCAUGGAAAUGGAAAAGAAGGGCUUUUGCUCUUUGAGAGCAUGCUUCGUUCAGGGAUCAAGCCCAAUUCUGUCACUUUUACUGGUGUUCUGUCUGGUUGUAGCCACUCAAGGCUAGUAGAGGAAGGACUCCAAAUCUUUGAUUCAAUGGGUAAGGAUCAUCUAGUAGAACCUGAUGCUAAUCACUAUGGAUGUAUGGUUGAUGUCUUCAGCCGUGCUGGUCGCCUUGACGAGGCAUAUGAGUUUAUACAGAGAAUGCCUAUGGAACCAACUGCCAGUGCUUGGGGAGCACUACUUGGUGCCUGUAGAGUUUAUAAGAAUGUGGAGUUGGCAAAAAUUUCAGCCAACAAACUAUUUGAGAUUGAGCCCAACAACCCUGGAAAUUAUGUUUCAUUAUUUAACAUCCUUGUCACUGCCAAAUUGUGGAGUGAAGCUUCAGAAGCCAGAAUAUUGAUGAAAGAGAGAGGAAUUACUAAAACUCCAGGCUGUAGUUGGCUUCAAGUGGGAAAUAAAGUUCACAUUUUUGUUGUUGGAGACAAAAAUAACAUGGAGAGUGAUAAAAUCUAUAACUUUCUAGAUGAGUUGGGUGAGAAAAUGAAAUUGGCUGGAUAUAAGCCUGACACUGAUUAUGUUCUGCAAGAUGUUGACCUAGAGGAAAAAGCUGAGAGUCUUUGCAGCCACAGUGAGAAGCUUGCUGUUGCAUUUGGGAUACUGAAUUUGAAUGGACAGUCAUCUAUACGGGUUUUCAAGAAUUUGAGAAUUUGUGGUGACUGUCACAAUGCCAUUAAGUACAUUUCUAAGGUAGUUGGUGUGACCAUCAUUGUUAGAGAUUCCUUGAGGUUUCAUCACUUCAGAAAUGGAAAUUGUUCUUGUCAAGACUUGUGGUGAUUAUUUGAAUUAAGUUAUUGGGAUUAAGUGGUAACAACUAUAUCUUCUGUCUUGCCAUAAAUACAAUUGUAAAUUUCAAUUCGUGUGUAUACAGUGAGUGAGAUGGAUGACAUUAACAAUAACACUGUUUGAUAUGUUCUUUAAAGUUUAAAGUAUUUUCAGGUCCAAAUAAAAACAAAUUUCUCUCUAGAAGAUGUCUCUGUGGGGCUGUGGGGACUGUGCAUUCAAGCAAAUAAAAUGAUAUCAGAGAAAUUUUUUUCUGAUUAUUCUCCGGCAUUGAUGACAAAGAUGUGCUGCAUGAUUCAGUUGUAGGAAUAGAAUAGAAUACAUUAAUACAAGUUUACUUAACUUCUUUUUUCAAUGAUAUAAAACUCAUUGUAUUUGACUUUGUAUUCCUACAUGGAAUAUGACAAUCAAGAAAUUCAUUUGUACAAAAUUGGUGUAAGAGAAAGAAUCCUGAGAAAGUUACGAAAUUAUUUAUUUUGAAAUACCCUUUCCAUUUGAGCUUAAAUGAUAAAAAAUGGCAAUUGCUUACAUUUAUGGCAUGGACUGCAAGAGAUAUAAUGAAUCAAAUUAUAUUCAUUAUUAUGAUGGGUUAGGUAAGGAAUCUGCUAAUGACUACAAAAUAUUACAAAGUGAACAAGUGUACGGUAUCAAUCUUCAGCAAUUUGAAUUGUAUUAAAGAUAUCAAUAUUCUUCUACAAAGAAAGAUGCAUCCAGGUAUAAUUGAAAUUAAGAUUGCUGAACUGAUGAUCAGGUAGAGCCACAAUUGAAAUUAAGAUUGCUGAACUGGUGACCAGGAAGAGCCACAGUUGCCCCUAUCCUACCACUGAAGGUGUGUUUGGAUUACAGUUCCAUUGAAUGUAACCUGCAUUUUCUCCGAUCUAUCAAUGUUGUUGCUUCUCCAUUUGGAAUAAGGAAAUGGAUGUUUGGUGCCUCUGAAAUGGUGAUCCAAACACACUAAAUUACACUCGGUGCAAACGUCAUCGUAGAUCUCUUUUUGUUUUGGCCAUUGACUAGCUUCCCAUGAUGCUGCCACUUCAAAAAUGAGGACACAAUGAAAGAGUUUCUGCUGCCUGAACUUUCUUUUCAUUGAAAGCCCGAGGAGACUAGCACAAGGAUGGAUGGACUGCAAUGAUUACUCUCAUCACUGAAAACUACAAGCUGUUACUGUGCAGUUCUGCUAGUUGCAACACUUCCCGGCUUCAUAAUCUUCAUGCAGAGUUGAUGUUAUUUUCAUAUGGUGCCUCCAAACCAAUAAUUUGUAUUCAAUCCAGCUUCAUUUAAUGUAUAGUCA